CGAUGCUCACGUUCAAGAUGUCCCGUCUUAUUGAUUUACGUUCUUCUUUUUUAACACAUCAUGAUCACCCUGUAGGCACAGCUGUUUUGUGACACGUUUAAUUCCCAAAACAAAAGGAAAAUCAUAAAUAAAUAAACCAAUGGGUUCCGAAGUUGAGGCGAAAAAGCCAAAAAUAAGUGUAAAUGCUGGUGAAAAUAAUCCAAAUUGUGCGCAUUGGGUGCAUCGCAAGAAACGUUACUGCAAAAUGACAGUCAAGGCUGGGCAAAGGUAUUGCGGAGAGCACCAGCCUUCCGUUUUUUCGGAGUCAUCUCAACUCGCAACCGAGGCCGAUGAUAACGUGCGCAUCCCUUGUCCCUUGGAUGCAAAACAUACAGUUUUUAAGAAAAAACUACAAAAACAUCUGCAAAUUUGUAACGCACGAGACAAAGGCGAUGCUCCAGCAUACAUAGAAAAGGGCAUAAAUUUGGGCAUGACCGAUGUAGUAUCUACUGACUACAGCAAAUUAAGGAUACAUGAUUUGCCUGAUGAAGAAUUCUAUAAAAUAGUAUCAACUAUAAAAGCGUUAUAUGCAAAAUUUGUGGAAAACACCAUAGAGUCGAUACAUCAGCAUCACAAGUUGCUAGAAACGGAAUUGGCGAAUUCGGAUUAUGGCCACGAGACGAGAAAGCACUUGCUACAGGCAUCCGCACUCCUAGGUAUAUUGGACAGUGAAAAGCAAAUACUGGCAAGUACGAGCUAUGUAGAAUUUGGUGCAGGUAAAGGCCAGCUUGCUUACUAUUUAGCACAUUUGCUAGUCACUACCGCUUCUCAGGUGGUGCUUGUUGACCGCAUGUCGUUGCGUCACAAAAAAGAUAAUAAAAUCGAAGAUCGGUCGCUAGUGCACCGCAUUCGUGCAGAUAUUGCUGACUUUCGCAUGAGUGGCCUGAAAAAGUUGCGAAGCACACGACGCUGCGUAGCCGUUUCGAAGCAUUUGUGUGGUGCGGCUACAGACUUGACGUUGCGCUGUAUAACGCAACCUAGAUGUAUUGAUGAAGAUAGUAAAUCUCCUGGCACUGAAUAUGUACUUAUAGCACUGUGUUGUCACCACCGCUGCGAUUGGCAAGUGUACGUAGGUAAAAGCUUUUUUCAAGAGCACGGGCUGACGAGUCGAGAGUUUGCUGUGAUCACCAAAAUGGCAAGUUGGGCAAUCUGUGGAACAGGUAUGAGUCGAGAACGAAGACGCGCAUUAGAGGAACAAUCACAAAAGCCCGAAGAGGUAGCUGAUGCUAACUCCAAACAGCGACUGAGUUUGGCUGAGCGGGAACGCAUUGGUGGCAUGUGCAAACGUAUUCUUGACUAUGGUCGAUUGCAAUAUUUAAGAAGCCAUGGCUUUAAAGCGACGUUAAAGUACUAUGUAGAUCGAGAUGUGACGCUGGAAAAUGUCUGUCUUAUUGCAAGAAAAAUCGAUUCCUCUGAGUGCCCAGAAGAUGAAAAGGAGCCCUCCAACUACUGAAAAGAUAGUUGUCUGUUUAUUGAAAUGUUGUAAAUUGAAUUGAAUUAAAUUUAUGUAUGUAUGUA